CAAAUUUUCUACUGAUGCGUGCUAGGAUAGCUGCUGUGACGGGCGGAUUGAGCUUUCUCUUUGUUGGUAUAUACCUAUAGCUAAAGCUGGAAGCUUAUCAACGAGGUGUAAUGUUGCUACUACUGCUUGUUUCCCUUCUGCUGUGUGCGGCAGAGGUCCACUCUCUGAAUGUCAGAGUUGCUGCAGUCUACAGCCCAGCUCCAGGGGAGAUCCCUGGGAAAUUGGGCCCUAACCAGUUCACAGCAGGCAGUGUCCUAGCACUGCAGUGUUUAGUUGAGGGUCACAGUGGAAUUGUUAGCUAUAGAUGGUCUCUCAGCGGGAGUCCUAGCACCCCAGGGUGUAGUAGAUGUGACAUUGAUACAUCAUCCACUACUGCCAAGUUGCACUUGGGGAUAUUCUCACUCUAUUCCUACUAUGCUGGUGUGUACACAUGCACAGUCAAUGAGAAGGGUUCUCCAGGCAGUAGCAGCAGUAGCAACUUCCCUGUAUCUGUUGUAGGUGCUGGUAUAUAUGCCAUAUCAUCCACCUUGGAGAUAUCAUCAGGUCCCAUAGCCAACAAUGGAGUGAUAGUGGGCAGCAGUAGUGGUACUCUGUGGUUGGACUGUGUCUCUAACUCCAGUAUAUCUGGUGUGGGGGCUAUCACUACACCUCAUGGGGUCACACUUACUCCUCGUCAGGACCACGAUGUGUGGAGUGUAACUAGUCCAUUCAGCAGACCUGGAGUCCUUCGUCUCUGGACCCUGUCCUUGUCGCAACUCUCGGCCUCGGACCAAGGGGUAUACACGUGCACAAUACCCGACAGCAACGGUUUCAGCAUAUCCCUUCAUGUCGGACUGUAUGAUUAUGGCCGAAGUGAGCCUCCAACCAUCGCAUCACUGACUUACCAGAAGGAGAACCGCACUUUGGUGUGUGUGUCAACAGGUUCUCCGGCUACCACCAUCACCUGGAUGAAGAACGGACAGACUCUCACCACAGACGGCUCCUCCAACUACCUCCUCUCUCAGACUAUCACUGACAGAGUGUCUUCCACCUACUCCAAUGUCCUGACAGUGGGAGACAGAGUUCCAGGGGGAGUGACUGGCACCUACAACUGCACAGUCUCCAAUGCUCUGGGCUCCGACUAUAGAGACCUGGAGGUUACUGGAAUCACUACUAUUUCUGGUGUGGAGGAAGCACUGAUUGUGGGUCAGUCGGCUGCUAUUAACUGCACCAGCAGUGUGGGAGUCUUCUCCAUUGAGCUGAGGAACCAGUCCUCCCAUGUGCUCGCCAGUAGCACUAGCAACACUGACAACCUUACGACCCUGGUUUAUACCCUUCCCCUAGUGACAGAUGAUCUUCACGGACAGCAGUUUUCCUGUGUAUCUGUGGGUACUGAUACUAUUUACACUGAGAUAAUCGUUCUACAAGUUGUAGUUCCUGCUGGCUCCCUGGGAGUGAGAAGAGAAAUUUCAGAAUCUGGUCCACUGGGGGCAGGGAGCUCUGGCCCCACUCUCACCUGUACAGUCAGCGAGACUAUCCCGGGACUUACACAUGUGCCUUCAGCUAUCUGGAUGAUGGAGUCUGGUAGUCCAGUGGUCCCAGGAGAUGACAUCAUCGUGACAGAGACUCUCAGGAACACUACAACUGCAGUAUUAACUCUGUUUUUCUCUCCACUCCACACCUCGCAUGCCGGACUCUACUACUGUACGGGAACACUAGAGUCUCCUGCUGCAGAUGGUGGUAGCAUCUCCUAUUCUACUGCCCCAACCUCUAUCACCGUCAGAUUGCCAGCUCCGACUGUGACACUGACCCAUCCUAGUGGUCCACUCUACCAGGGAACCUCUCACUCUCUGAACUGCACUGCCUCGCUACCUCCCUCUGUGGAUACCGAUAUCAACAUCACUACCCACUGGACGGCUGCAGUCUCCAGUGACAGAAGCACUAUACUUUCUCCUUCUCUCUUCGUCUCCACCCUGACUAUCAGUCCCCUGGCCACCAGUGAUGCCGGCCAGUACUUCUGUGCAGCCACUGCCCACUCUUACUCUCAGUAUAUCACCAACAGUGGCUCCGGACGCAGUCCAGAGGAGACUCUCUCUGUCACCGCUCUCCCUCCACCAAAUGUCUCUAUGUCCUUCUCUGGAGCUCCUGUCAAUGGCCACAGCUACUCCCUGCAGUGUUCAGCCAGUGUUGCCGCAGGUCUAGUGGUCCUCCCCGAUAUGAAGUUGGUGUUUCCCAAUUCUACUGAGAAACUGGUGGCAGGCUCUAGUUCCCUGGAGCACAGAUUCUCUCCUCUGAGGUCAUCUGAUGGAGGCCGGUAUACCUGUGUGGCCACUGUCAAUAUCCCUCGGGCUGGGAUUAACGGUCUUUCAGCCUCAGUCACCAAGACACUGAAUGUUGUUUAUGCCUAUCCUGUUGAAAGUUUCGAAGGAAGAGCAGUGUCGGGAACCUCCCUCUCCUUCUCCUGGAGCCAGCCCAGCAUUGGAGGCAGUCUCACCACUGGCUACAACCUGACAUGUGUCCCUCUUCUGACUGGGGUCCCUGUUCCCCCGCCUCUCCAUCUGGCUCCUGGCGAUACAUCGGCCACUGUGACAGGACUCUUACCUGGAGCUCCCUAUGACUGCAGUAUCUUCACGAUUACUGAUGAUGGCAUGUCUCAACCUUCCACCCUUUCUCUCUUGACCACUGAGAUUGCUCCAUCAGGAUCUCCAGAGAUGUUAGGGGCAGUCCCAGGAGAGAGAGAAGUUGUGUUCUCCUGGUCCCCUCCUCCUGUCACCCAGCGUAAUGGAGUCAUCACCGGCUACACCAUCUCCUGUUCCCCCUCCCCGUCCUCCCUCCCCCACUCCACUUCCUCUGAAGUAACAUCAUUGAGACUGGCUGGGUUUUCUCCUGGCACUAGCUACUCCUGUUCUCUGGUGGCCAGCAACUCUCAGGGAUCCGGACCUCCUGCUAACAGCUCGUUCAAGACAAAAGAAGACAAUUCAUAUUUUCAGCUUCAUUUGGGUGGACUUCUUAGCACGUGUUCUGAAGAAGUGAAUUCAGAGAGGUCUUUGAAGCUAGAGCACAUCACAGAUGCAGUUGUGAAGGUACUGAAGGCCCCCAGUGACAUCAUAGAGAACACGUUCUUUGUCUGCUACCCUGAGUCUCCGUCAUUCGUGACAUAUCGAGCCAGCCUGGAGGGGACCUCUGAGACAGACAGUAGCUCCCUAGUCUCUCUGAUAGAGGCCUGGGUGAGAGGAGGCGGGGCCAGCGUCAUUGUGACUGGAGUACUCAUGACAGUAGACUCACACUGCUCAGUAGCCAUCUCUUCUCCCAGUGAACCAGAGUGCUCUCCAACACCUCCAGCCCCAACAGCGAAGCCUGCCGGCAUUGAGGGGGAGGGGACCAGUAGUUCUGACACUACUACACCAGCUAUAACAGCAGGAGUGGUGGUGGUGACUGUAGCUGUCAUAAUUGCUGUCGCUAUUGUCAUUGUAGCUGUCGUGUUUCUCGGAUUAAGACAUCGUCGUGGAGGAGCUAAACUCAAAUCUUCCAACCAACGGUAUGAGUCCAGUACCCCUGUAGCUGCUGUCAAUGUUUCCUAUGGAAAGGUCAAACGGGGCGAAGAGGCAACUUACGAGAUGAUGGACAUCUCAGCCCAACAGCUGCCUCGUGCAGCAUCGGGACCAGUCGAGGACUACGAGGAGCCCGUGACACCUCGACAGCCUCUCCCCACCAUCCCUCCCUCUAAGGCUGAGGAGGAGGCAGAGGAUGACACUGUCUAUGAUGUCAUCCCUGGAGAUCAGUGACUCCACAUUAACUGAAUAACUGGAGAAUACUCGUACUAAUGUAAUGCCUUGUAGUGGAAAGUGAUUUAUUAAAAAUGAAUGGAUAAGGACACCAAAAACUAAGGAAACAAUUGAGUGGUUGAAAACGGCAAGACACACAUAACUACAGACACCAUCCUUAUUAAUAUCUUUAUUGUAACUCAUAGGC